AUGGUGAAAGAACAGGCAGUGUCAAAAUGUAAUGAUAAUCUAAAAGAAUCUGAAAAAGAUAAAUUAAGAAAUAGUGAUAAAAAGGUUAUUAUUAAUGAUAUUAAAGCCAAAUGCAAACCGUUUUAUUCACUUCAUAAAUCUAUAUAUAAUACGAAAAAUUCUCAAAGAAUAAGUAGACAACGAAUAAAAUAUUACAAAUCACCUACAGAUAAACUGUUGUCACCAUGUUCCAGGAAACUAGAUAGUUAUAGAUCUAAAUGUAUUGUAGCAAAAUCAACUCCUAUGAAAUUAUCCUUUAGUUCUGGUACUGAAUGA